AUGACUCUCGAUGCCCAGGAGGCUGCCAUUAUCCAAGAUCUUCUGUUCAUCUUCAUGGGCUUCGAGGGCCAGUAUGUUCGCUACACCGAUGCCUACCAGCCCCUUGAGGAAAAGAGUCGUCUUGCUGGUCCACAAUUUAGAGUCUUGCCCGGUCUGGACCCAAGCUUGAGGGAUCUGACUAUAUCCAUGCUGAGGAUGGCUACACACUAUGCUGCUGUCGAAGCUUUUGUCGAAGUUCAGAGCAGAGAGGAAUUUGGCGCUGUCAACCAUGCACUUUGCGCCGCCAUGAGAAAGCUGCUCAAGGACUACCUGAUUCUUAUCGCUCAAUUGGAACACCAGAUGUUGACCAACCAAUCCUUUACUCUCCACGUCCUGAAUCUCCAUACCAAACCUACUAGCCACAUGAUGUUUCAACUAUACAGCCUGGCACACGAAAUAUUGAAGGAGAACUCUAUGCUUGAGGAUGACGACGAUGAUCUAGACGAAUCUGACGACUUUGAGAAUAUCCUGGAGUCUUUGCGAGAGGGCAGAGAUGCUGGGAACGUCGGGAGGAAGGUCUGCAAGGGAGGCAGUGUCUUGCGACUCAUCACCAAGCGCUUGGCCACCAUGUCUGGCGAUCCUGCCGCUCGAACACUACUUACCACUUUGUUGCGCGAGUCUUCUAGACCUUACAUGGCCAUGUUGAACGAAUGGCUUCACCACGGCAACGUUCGAGACCCACAUUCCGAAUUUCUCAUCAAGGAGCAGAAGAGCAUUCGCCGAGAAGGACUGGAGCAAGAUUACACUGAUGAGUACUGGGAGAAGCGCUAUACCAUCCGCCUCGAAGAUGUACCACCACAACUUGAAUCUGUCAAAGACAAGGUACUGCUGGCUGGAAAGUACUUGAACGUCGUUCGAGAAUGUGGCGGUGUCGAUGUGUCAAGAGACAUGGACGAUCAAGUCCCGCAUACUUUCGACGAUGUCCGCUUCUUGGAUAACGCCAAUUCUGCCUACGCCUUCGCCAAUUCUUCGCUUCUCACCCUCUUGCUUACCACACAUGCUCUCCCUGCACGCCUUCGCAGUUUGAAACACUAUUUCUUCCUGGAUCGAUCUGAUUUCUUCUCCUACUUCCUCGAGCUUGGUCACUCAGAGCUUAAGAAGCCUGCUAAAUCCGUUAAUAUCGGAAAACUGCAAUCACUUCUCGAUAUUGUAUUGCGACAACCUGGAAGUGUCGCAGCCGAGGAUCCAUUCAAAGAAGAUGUCAAGGUUGUCAUGAACGAGGUUGGUCUGACCGGAUGGUUGAUGCAGGUCGUCAACGUCAAGGGUCUUGAUGCUGAUGGUGGAAGCAUCACAUCUUACACACCAGCGGCCAGUGUCAUCGGAGAUGACAAGGAUAUCAGCGGUUUCGAUGCGCUUACAUUUGACUAUGCUGUCCCCUUCCCUCUCUCGCUGGUCGUGUCCAGGGUGACAUUGACCAGAUACCAGUUGCUCUUCCGUUACAUUCUUUCGUUGCGCCACCUUGAGCAGCUACUAGUGAGCUCAUGGAUCGAUCACUCCAAAGUCACAAGCUGGCGCCACAAGAGCUCUGACCGACGGAUCGAAGACUGGAAGCGCAGAGCGUGGUGUUUGCGAAGUCGAAUGCUUUGUUUCGUACAGCAGCUGUUGUACUUUUGCACCAACGAAGUCAUAGAGCCGAAUUGGACUGCUUUCAUGACUCGACUGAGUGAGGCAGAAGCUUUGGAAAGUGUUGCCGAGGGUGGAAAAGUGAAGCGCACCGUUGAUGAACUGAUGCAAGACCAUGUCGAUUUUCUGGCAACAUGUCUCAAGGAGUGCAUGCUGACGAAUUCGAAACUCCUUAGGAUCAACUCCAAAGUCAUGGCUACUUGCACCAUGUUCGCCAAUUAUACUGCAUCGUUGUCACGAAACCUUGCUGUGAGCGAUCCAGAUCUCGCUAAGACCGAGGCCGGCAAAACAGAGCACGAUCCGCACAGGUUGGAGAAGCUCGACGAUAACCUCAAACGCUUCGAGGACAAUUUCACCAGACACCUGAAGAUCCUACUGGAUGCGCUCAACUACCUUGCUGCCACAGAGACUGUGGUAUUCCUGGGACUUUGUGCCAGACUCAGCAUGGCUAACGAAGGCAUCUCGGCUCCCCCAUCCUCAGUUCCUUAUGGUUGA